CUCCUGUGGAGCAGCGCAGGAGCCGUGCCUCGUCUUUCACGGAGAGGAGAUCCCCAAAGCCGGAGGAAGCGCUAAACCUCAUACAGCUAUGGCAGAAAACAACGGCUUAGAAAACCACCGCAUCAAGAGCUUUAAAAACAAGGGACGAGAUGUUGAGACAAUGCGAAGACAUCGAAAUGAAGUGACUGUAGAGCUGCGAAAGAUCAAACGAGAUGAACAUCUACUGAAAAAAAGAAAUGUUCCAGCUGAGGAAAGUUUGGAAGACUCGGAUGUGGACUCAGACUUCAAAGGGUUAGGGCAAAAUCUAACACUUGAGGCCAUCUUACAGAAUGCCAAAAGUGCCAAUCCAGUCAUCCAACUCAGUGCUGUGCAGGCAGCCAGGAAGCUGCUCUCAAGUGACAGAAAUCCCCCCAUUGAUGACUUGAUAAAGUCUGGUAUCUUGCCUAUUUUAGUGAAAUGCCUGGAAGACGAUGACAAUCCAUCUCUUCAGUUUGAGGCAGCUUGGGCCCUGACUAACAUUGCUUCUGGGACAUCGUCGCAGACUCAAGAUGUGGUUAAAGCUAAUGCGGUUCCACCCUUCCUGCGAUUACUCCACUCUCCUCAUCAGAACGUAUGUGAACAGGCUGUUUGGGCUUUAGGAAACAUAAUCGGUGAUGGUCCCAAAUGCAGGGACUAUGUCAUUUCUCUGGGGGUUGUCAAGCCUUUGCUUGAAUUCAUCAAUCCAUCAAUCCCAAUUACUUUUCUCCGAAACGUUACUUGGGUUAUUGUUAAUCUGUGCCGAAACAAGGACCCACCACCACCCAUGGAAACAGUUCAGCAGAUUUUGCCUGCUCUUUGUGAGCUGAUAUACCAUACAGAUAUUAAUAUCUUAGUUGACACAGUGUGGGCUCUUUCCUAUCUGACGGAUGGUGGCAAUGAGCAGAUCCAGAUGGUCAUAGAUUCGGGUGUUGUUCAAUUUCUUGUGCCUCUUCUCAGUAACAAAGAGGUCAAAGUUCAGACUGCAGCUUUGAGGGCAGUUGGAAACAUUGUCACCGGCACAGACGAGCAGACACAGGUUGUGCUCAACUACGAUGUCCUCUCACACUUCCCUAAACUGCUCACACACCCAAAAGAAAAAAUUAAUAAGGAGGCAGUCUGGUUCCUCUCCAACAUUACAGCCGGUAAUCAGCAGCAGGUUCAAGCUGUUAUUGAUGCUGGCCUAAUUCCCAUGAUUAUUGAGCAACUGGCCAAGGGAGACUUUGGCACCCAAAAAGAGGCAGCAUGGGCCAUCAGCAACCUUACAAUCAGUGGCCGGAAAGAGCAGGUGGAGUAUUUGGUGGAUCAGGAUGUCAUCCCUCCCUUUUGCAACCUGCUGUCAGUGAAAGACUCCCAGGUGGUGCAGGUCGUACUGGACGGCCUCAAGAAUAUCCUCAUUAUGGCUGGAGACGCAGCCAGCACCAUCGCCGAGAUCAUUGAGGAAUGUGGAGGACUGGGAAAAAUAGAAAAUCUGCAACAACAUG